AUGUUCAAUGCAACUGGCGAAAGCAAGAUCUUACGACGGCGCGAAGCUGAAAAGAUCAUCAAGUGGCUUGACAACGAAACCUUCCAGGAGCCCUCGAAACGGGUGAUUCUCUAUGGCGAAAAAGGUGUCGGCAAGACGAUGAGCUUGCAUCAAAUCGCCCACCAUGGGAUGACGAAAGAUAUGCUAGUUUUGUACGUUGGAAAUUUAUGGAGGGUCGCGACGAAAAAUUAUGCGACGGAGCCACUAAAUGUUAGGAAAGAUAUCACAACGCAGGGUUACGUUAGCGUGGAGAAGCGCGAUCUGUGGGAGUCUCGUUACGACCCCUUGAUGCAACAGGGGAGCCACCGCCCUGAGCUCAAGAGCGUUAUCACCUACGACCAGCCUGAGCCCGCCGGAAUCUGGCUAGAACAUCUCAAAGCGAUCAACUCGCACAUCCUCGAAAAAUACAAAACAACCAGAGAUUUCCAGCUCUCAGUCAAAGAAACGCUCCCCGCCGGAAGCACCUUGUUGCAAGCCGUUAAUGAAGCUUUAUCUCGCUCGAUUAAGCGCUGCGAUGGAAUCAAAUUCAUCAUCGAAGAAAUUAAAUCUCUGGCGCCAGAAAUGGCCAAGGCCGGAAAUCCAGUCCUUGUUUGUGUGGACCAGUGCAAUUACCUAACGCAGGGAUGUCACGUCGUUGUUUAUGACGAUCCAGAGAAGAUCCGUUCUCAUCCGGAACAACGAGGUCUUCCUCACUGGACAAUCAGGGCAAAGUUCGAAGAAGUUGUCACAGACUCAAGGCGGUUAAAUUUAAUGCGUCAUUUUAAAAGUCUCCUGGACGACGACUGGGCCGGUGGGUUUGUCGUUGGAGCAACAACUACUUAUCAGACGAUAAUGGGAAACCAUUCGUGGAAACUUGGUCGACACAAUGACAGAAGUAGAAUUGAAACGGAAGAUUUACAUGAUGUUCUCGGUGAUCAAGGCUUCCAGGUUGGUUAUUUUCAGAUCAUCGCAGAAGUUUACUUUGUUUCGUUAAGGAUAGCUGGCAUCCUUUUAUCCCUGUCAGACUGCAACAAGAUUAUCGGUCUUACGUUAAAGAUGGCAGCCGGAAAAAUUCCAGCAGUUCCGUUUUUUCUUCGCGGAGUUGUAUGCAAGGGUUUCGGUCGAGGAUCAAAAGAACUGGGAUGUCCGACGGCGAAUUUCUCCGAUGAUGUCGUCGCCACUCUGCCUGAAGGCCUUGACAAUGGAAUCUACUAUGGUUUCGCUAGAGUUAAUAAUGAUCAAGUCCACAAAAUGGUUGCAUCUAUCGGAUGGAAUCCAUUUUACAAAAACACAAAACGAAGCUUCGAGACACACAUAAUUCACGAGUUUCCUGAAGAUUUUUACGGAGCCGAUUUGAGUGUUUUGGUUUGUGGAUAUUUGCGGCCAGAGAAAAACUACGAUUCGCUGGAAGCUUUAAAAGAUGAUAUUCAACAGGACAUUCGGAAUGCCGUGGAAAAAUGUUCAAGUCCGGACUACGAAGAGUUAGUUAAAUCCUCGUUCAAGUGA